UAUAGAUGGAGCGCUCGCCUGGCCGCAUUCGCAGCUUUUCCUCUCCAACCCGUGGGCAUUGUUGUAAAAACAGAAGGACAAUACAAGAAUAGAGUUGCGGAUAAUAGAGCCAUCAGGGAAUCUGUCCUCUGUUUGAUCUGAGCGGCUCUGUCCUCGUGCAUGAGGCACUAUAUGAGAGCCGUGUGUCGGCUGAAGUUCUAGUUUCACAGCGAACGGUCCCAACAGACAGACAGACAGACAGAGGAGGCAUGAUUCGGAGACGGAGUCCAAGUUUUGCGGUGCUGUCCGUUCAUGUGCUUUUGCGGUGCCUGUGGAUGCGGGUAUGUGAGGCAUCGGGGCAUUUUGAGAUGCAGGUUUUGUCCAUGCAGAACUUGAACGGGGAGCUGCAGAGCGGCGCGUGCUGUGACGGUGACGGUGCCCGCGACGCGGCGGACCGCUCAUGCACGGCGGACGAGUGCGACACGUUUUUCCGCGUGUGUUUGAAGGAGUAUCAGUCGCGGGUGUCUUCGGGAGGCCCGUGCAGCUACGGAAGCGGAUCUACUCCCGUUAUCGGUGGGAAUACUUUUUCUGUCAAGCCCCUCGACAACGCGAACGAUAAAUCCAGGAUCGUGCUGCCCUUCAGCUUCGCGUGGCCGAGGUCAUAUACGUUGAUUGUGGAGGCUUUGGAUCCUAAACCUUUCACCUUUAAGCCAUUACACAAAUCCGCUUGUUGCGAUCAGACUUUGUGUGUGCAUCAGGGUUUUGUAAGCUGGCAUAAUUUGACAGUCAAGCAGAACAGAGGCGUAUUUAAACCACAGCUGCCCACUAAAGUGUCCAUUUCUUUCUGUCUCACUCCUGUAGGCAUUAAUGGACAAGUCAUAGAGAAAGCGGUCCAGUCAGGCAUGAUCAACCCAAACCGUCAGUGGCAGGUCUUGAAACACAAUGGCCCCGUGGCUCAGUUCCAGUACCAGAUUCGGGUGACCUGCGACGAGCACUACUUCGGCUUCGGCUGCAAUAAGUUUUGUCGGCCCAGAGAUGACUUCUUCGGCCACUAUACCUGCGAUCACAAUGGCAACAAGACCUGCUUGGAGGGAUGGGCUGGCCCAGAAUGCAACACUGCCAUCUGUAAGCAGGGCUGUAGCACCGAGCAUGGCUCCUGUGAAAUGCCUGGAUAUUGCAGGUGUCUGUACGGCUGGCAGGGCGAUUACUGUGACCAGUGUAUCCCCCAUCCCGGUUGUGUGCACGGCACAUGCGUCGAACCCUGGCAGUGCCUGUGUGACACCAACUGGGGAGGGCAGCUCUGUGACAAAGACUUGAACACCUGUGGCACAUGGCAGCCCUGUCUGAAUGGCGGCACCUGCAGUAACACGGGACCAGACAAAUACCACUGCGCCUGUCCUGAUGGCUACUCGGGACAGAACUGUGAGAGAGCAGAUAACGCCUGUCUGUCUGAGCCGUGUCUGAAUGGAGGCAGUUGUGUGGAGUCCAGUCAGGGCUUUGAGUGUCAGUGUGUGCCGGGCUGGACCGGGCCGUCCUGCAACAUCAAUGAAGAUGACUGCAGUCCGAACCCGUGCAAUCACAGCGGCGUGUGCGUGGACCUGGUGGACGGUUUUAAAUGCGUCUGCCCUGCGCAGUGGACCGGCAAGACCUGUCUCAUUGAUGCUAAUGAGUGCGAGGAAAGCCCGUGCGUCAAUGCCCACUCCUGCCGGAAUCUGAUUGGCGGAUACUUUUGCGAGUGCCUCCCUGGUUGGACGGGCCAGAAUUGCGACAUCAAUGUCAACGACUGCCAUGGACAGUGUCUUAACGGAGGACUGUGUAAGGAUCUGGUCGCUGGAUAUCGAUGUGUGUGCGCAGCAGGCUUUGCAGGUGAACAUUGUGAGCGAGACGUGGACGAGUGCGCCAGUCGACCCUGUCUCAACGGCGGACGCUGCCAGGACGCGCUCAAUGCAUUCCAGUGUUUGUGUCCACCUGCUUUCUCAGGUGUCACGUGUCAGCUGGACAUAGACUACUGUGAGAGCGGCCCGUGUCAGAACGGAGCACAAUUCUUUAGCUUGGCCUCAGAUUACUACUGUAAAUGUCCCGAAGAUUACGAAGGCAAAAACUGCUCCCAACUUAAAGACCACUGCCUCAUCACACCAUGUCAAGUGAUUGACAGCUGCACGGUUGCCGUGGCGUCUAACAGCACUCCGGGCGGCAUGCGGCUCAUCUCCUCUAACGUUUGUGGUCCUCACGGCCGCUGUCGAAGUCACGCCGGAGGGCACUUCAGCUGCGAGUGUCAGGAAGGAUUCACCGGCACAUACUGCCAUGAGAACAUCAAUGACUGUGAAAGUAGUCCCUGUCGUAACGGUGGUACUUGCAUUGAUAAAAUCAAUGCGUACCAGUGUAUCUGUGCUGAUGGGUGGGAGGGACACAACUGUGAGAGCAACAUUGACGACUGCAGCAUGAACCCCUGUCGGGACAGAGGAGUGUGUCGUGAUCUGGUCAAUGACUUUUACUGCGAGUGUGAAAACGGCUGGAAGGGAAAGACUUGUCACUCACGCGAAAGCCAAUGUGACGAGGCUACUUGUAACAACGGGGGCACGUGUUCUGACGAAGGCGACUCAUUUAAGUGCAUGUGUGCUCCUGGAUGGGAAGGAGCUACCUGUAACAUAGCAAAGAACAGCAGCUGCCUGCCGAACCCCUGCGAGAACGGAGCCACGUGUGUCGUGACAGGUGACAGCUUCACCUGUGUCUGCAAAGAAGGCUGGGAGGGGCUCACCUGCAGCCAGAAUUCCAAUGAUUGCAACCCACAACCAUGCAUACUGUUCACCGGACGUCUGUGUGUGGUCGGAGGUGGGAUUGCAGUAGAUGGAGCAAAGUGGGCUGAAGACUGUAACACCUGUUACUGUCACAGGGGGAUUGUCAGCUGCACUAAGCUGUGGUGUGGCCCUAAACCUUGCCGGAUGCUUGGUUCAGGACGAGGCGACUGUCCUCUGGGUCAGCUGUGUGUGCCGGUGCGAGACGAGCAGUGUUUCGUGAAGCCCUGCUCAUCACAGGGCGAGUGCUGGUCUGCUCACCGGCCGGCCGUGAGGGCUCGCUGUCACCCCGAGAGUGACUGCACCAACGUCACCUUCACCUUCAACAAGGACACCAUGCCACAGGGAGUGACGGUGGAGCAGGUGUGUCGUGAGCUGAGGCAUCUGUAUGUGGCGAAGAAUGUUUCGGCUGAGUUUUCCAUCUCUAUGAGCUGUGAACUCUCUUCUGCCACCAAUAAUGAGAUCCAUGUGGCCAUCCAUGUGACUGAGGAUGUCAUUCUCGGCCGGGUUCCUGUUAAAGAGAUCACAGAGAGCAUCAUCGAUCUGGUGAGCAAACACAGCGCGAACAGCUCCAUCAUCGGCUCCAUCGCUGAGGUCCGUGUGCAGCGCAGACAGCCACAGAACCCCAACGUAGACUACUUGGUGCCACUGCUGGUUUCCAUAGUGACGGCGAUCUGGGUUUUGGCGUUGGCGUGGGUGUUCCUGUGGUGCGUGCGCCAUCGACGCAAACAAAGCUCCAGCCCCACCGCCAUCAACCCCGCCACCCCCUACUCCACGGGAAACGCAGAAGACAACACAGUGAACAACGCCCGCGAGCAGCUCAACCACAUCAAGAACCACAUCGAGAAGAACGCGUCCAACGGCAGCCUGCCAGGAAAAGAGCUCCACUGCGACGACAAGAACAGCGUCAACGCCAAAAUCAGGACGGGUUUCUCCGAAGCCGCCAGACUAGUGCAGGAGGACUCCAACAAGCGUCUGCAGAAGGCGCGCUUUCCACGCCAGUCGGCCUACAUGCUGGUGGACAGGGACGACAGGCUGAGCGCCAACGGCACAGACGUAAAAAAUCCACACUGGACUAAUAAACGAGACAACAGAGACCUGGAGUCACAGCACAGAGCUCCGGAUUCACAGCAAAGAGAUCUGGACGCACAACACAGCUUGCACAAAAUGGAGUAUAUCGUAUAGCAGCCGAUGCUCGGCAUGGUAGCAAUCGUUGCUACAUGAUGUCACAAAAGGUCAAGCGAAAGAAGACAUCCUUUGGAAUCAGAACGCUUAUUGUUGACUGUCACGACAAAGCCAGACAGUAUUUGUUCAGACCUUGCGGUCGGACCACGGGCUGGUCUGUUUUUUUUUUAUGGCGUGGCGUCAGUAGGGCUUGAAGAUGUUAACCUGUGCUGAACUUUUAGCCUAAAACAGAAAACCAGAAUUAGAAUGUACUGUAAUUGGCCAAAAUCUGCUAAUUGUGUGAAUAUGACGAAAACAUGUCCAGGUCACAUUUUAUUCCAGAAUUCAUAGACAUUGUUCACAUUGUGACGUUUUUUUUUGAAUGACAAUUAAAGGGAUAUUUCACCCACAAAU